UCCCCCACUGGCUGCUCUGAAAAGCCAUCUUUGCAUUGUUCCUCGUCCGCCUCCUUGCUCGCCGCAGCCGCCUCCGCCGCGCGCCUCCUCCGCCGCCGCGGACUCCGGCAGCUUUAUCGCCAGAGUCCCUGAACUCUCGCUUUCUUUUUAAAUCCCCUGCAUCGGAUCACCGGCGUGCCCCACCAUGUCAGACGCAGCCGUAGACACCAGCUCCGAAAUCACCACCAAGGACUUAAAGGAGAAGAAGGAAGUUGUGGAAGAGGCAGAAAAUGGAAGAGACGCCCCUGCUAACGGGAAUGCUAAUGAGGAAAACGGGGAGCAAGAGGCUGACAAUGAGGUAGACGAAGAAGAGGAAGAAGGUGGGGAGGAAGAGGAGGAGGAGGAAGAAGGUGAUGGUGAGGAAGAGGAUGGAGAAGAAGAUGAGGAAGCUGAGUCAGCUACGGGCAAGCGGGCAGCUGAAGAUGAUGAGGAUGACGAUGUUGAUACCAAGAAGCAGAAGACCGACGAGGAUGACUAGACAGCAAAAAAGGAAAAGUUAAACUAAAAAAAAAGGCCGCCGUGACCUAUUCACCCUCCACUUCCCGUCUCAGAAUCUAAACGUGGUCACCUUCGAGUAGAGAGGCCCGCCCGCCCACCGUGGGCAGUGCCACCCGCAGAUGACACGCGCUCUCCACCACCCAACCCAAACCAUGAGAAUUUGCAACAGGGGAGGAAAAAAGAACCAAAACUUCCAAGGCCCUGCUUUUUUUCUUAAAAGUACUUUAAAAAGGAAAUUUGUUUGUAUUUUUUAUUUACAUUUUAUAUUUUUGUACAUAUUGUUAGGGUCAGCCAUUUUUAAUGAUCUCGGAUGACCAAACCAGCCUUCGGAGCGUUCUCUGUCCUACUUCUGACUUUACUUAUGGUGUGACCAUGUUCAUUAUAAUCUCAAAGGAGA